ACAAAUCUAUUACAUUUAUUGAGAAUAUGAUGUGAAAGAUAGUGGUUGUGAUGCCUGCACCAAGCAGGAUGUUAAUCUCCCUACUAACAACUCUCCUCCUCCUAACACCCUCACUUCUUGCUGACAAGUCCAAAUGCAAAGUGUGCAAGGAUAUGACCGAACAUUUCCAAGAGCAUUUUGACAAGACGAAAGGUCAGAACUACGGAGGAGGUAACACAGCUUGGGAAGAAAAGAGUCUGGGAAGGGGAACUUAUGCGACCAGUGAAACCCGCCUUGUCGAAAUAUUAGAAAAGACAGCAAAGAAAUGCUACUACAAAUGUGGUAGCUUGUUGGAAGAUCAGGAAGAAUAUUUAGAAGAAUGGUUCAAAGAACGACAAGAUAAGACGGAUCUCUUCGAGGAUCUGUGUGUCAACCACCUCAAGAGAUGCUGUCUGGAGAACAGAUGGGGACCAGAUUGUGCUGAGUGUCCAGGAGGUGUCGAGGAACCUUGCAGUGGACAUGGAAAAUGCCGGGAAGAGGGAGAGCGAGAAAAUAAAGCAGUAAAGAAUAUGGGAACCUGUAGUUGUAACCCAGGAUACAAGGGCACCGUCUGUGACGAGUGUAACACCAGAUACGUCAAAGUUGGUGAAACUUGCGAGGAGUGCAGUAAGCUGUGCAAGUCUCAAAAUUGCACUGCUCCGGGACCAGCGGGCUGUGUUGAAUGUAGGAUGGGCUACGAAAUGGUGGAGGGAACUGGUUGCACUGAUAUAAACGAGUGUGAGAGAGAGGGAAUGGGGUGCGGUGACCCGCUGGAGGAUUGUGUGAACUCUGCCGGAACUUACGAGUGUAUCUGCAAGGCAGACUAUAAGAGGGUGGACGGAAAAUGUCAGCUUGAAGAUUUAUACGCUAGUGAGGAUGAGGAGGAUGAUCCGGUAGAGGGGGAUGAAACUAAAGAGGAGUCAGAAACAGCAGCUAACGAAGAUGACACGGCAAUUUCUGAAGAAAAAGAUGAUGACGAUUAUACGGAAGUUGAGGACUCAGAGGACACUAAAACUCCAAAAGACUCAAUUAGUUCCGAAGAUAAGGCUGAAUCUGUAGAGGAGACUAAAAGUAGAGAUGAAUUGUAACAUCAGAUGAUUAGUUGUAUUCAUCAGAAUAGUAUCACGUGACAUAAUAAGAACUAGCUUUUACAUUAUCACACACGACAACCUGCAAUCUUCAUAUAAAUUUUCACUAUUUUAAUUUUAUUUAUUUCCUAAGGAUUAAUCAGACGGAUUGUGAUCAUCAUGUUAGGAUUUUGUAUAGCGACCGGGUUGAUGCUAUUGUAUAGCAACUAUAUUCGUAUAUAGUAGUAUGGUUUAGUUUUCAAUUUAAAUAACAAAUAAAAUGAUCAUACUUUUUUUUUCUGUUUCACACGUAAUUAAUUGUAAAAUACAGCUGCUCUCAAAUCAUCAGAAAAGAUAGUAAGUAUCCAAUAAACGUAAAUUAAGCAUAUAAUAAAUAUCAAAUUCUCAACUUUAUCUACUAGUAC